UCAAGAUACUCCAGGACAUAAUCCUUGCUCGAGUCAAAGGGCCUUCUGACGCCAGGAGAAUGACCGCCACCCAGAAGCUCUAUCCCCGUGCGACCGUGAAGCGGAUAGUCAAGGCUCAUGCAAACCGCAGCUUGAGCAAGAACGCAGAUAUCUUGAUAUUCCUCGAUUACAUGCUCUUCAUGCAGGAGCUGAUGCGUGAAGCUUCAAUUCGAUCGCAUAAGGCUGGCGAAAAGAGUAUCAGUCCGAACUCUGUUCGCAAAGUGACGGAGAAAACGCUACGGAAGUUCAAAGGAUGAUUGAGAAUCGAUUCCCUUGCAAUAGACGCUUGCACAGAAUUACGCAUUUUGUUUGGGGUAUGGAACAUUGGCGCAGAACUGAAGAAUUGUCAUUAUAAUUUAAGCUGGAUGAAGUCGGAUAUCAGGGCCUAGUGGAGUUUCUG